ACGUGUGAAUUUUGCUUUUCGCUCUUGUUCUUCAGUAGACUUAUCGCUAAUCGUUGGGUUUAUUUAACUGUUCAUAAUAAUACCCCAGUCGCUGCUGGAUCCGAUUAAGUCACUACGACAUUUACGUCGGCAGCAUACCUCUGAUAGCGAGUUCUCUCGCGUUCGUGACCAUUCAAUCGUUCUGAUAGUCAACCCAAAGCACAGAUUUGCGUUGCAACCACAAUAUGGAUUGCUUCCGAUCACUCGUUAAUUACGCUGUCAGCUGUUUCAUCUGCCAGGAGGAUUCAUCCGCUCAGGGCAAUGAGCCAAACGAACGAACACAUCUGCUGGACAAUCCGGUUAGUAGUAGUCCCGCUGUCAGAACGGCAAACAGCGAGGAUCUUACCCAGGAGUAUCCGAGUUCGGUGCCCAAAAAGGACGAUGUGUCAGCACUGAAUAAGAUCAUACAGGACACUGCUGCGAAUGUGAUUGACGUGGCCGCUAUGGAUAUUCACAAUAUCGAGCCCCAUGAAUACAACGAUCGUGUUAAGAUUUAUUCGCAAAGAUUGGCACAGCAGUGGAAUACCGUACAGCAUCCGAAUUCUGUGUGUCACGUCGGGCUUCUCAAGGAUAUACCGAACCCAGAAGUAGUGCUAACAUCUGUACCUAUCCCAUCGGAGGAUUUGUAUAUGAUUCGCAGCAUGGUUCAGAAGGCGAACACUGCGGUGGCAGGGAUCAAGGUUAACCACACCGAAAAAUUGGUGGUACCUUUUAGGAUUCCAUAAUAUUACGCCGCCCGGCGGCAUCUGUAAACUCGUAAAAAUGGAUGUGCUUCCCGGUCGGUGUCUUCGGUGGUUCACCUUUCGCUGCUAUACGCGACAGUCAUGUGCAAAAAAUUGAUUAUGUUCAAUUUGUUUUUUUUUCUUCCUUUAAUACGCUGAUUAAUGUAAGGUUCUAGGUUUCCUACAUCGUGCCCAAUGCCGAUGGAUUGUAUAAAAGAGUAUAUAGGAACCAAACGACGAAACAAAAAGAUAAAAGUUUACGAUAAUUUUUUUUUUCAAUAAAGUUCGUUGAAUUUGCCAAAAUAUCUUGUGAAGCAAAAAAGUGCUAAAUGUAACAAUACAA